GUGGUUCCUAUAGUCUCUAAAAGUAGAACAGGAGCCAGAGCCUUCAGUUACCAAGCUCCUCUCUUGUGGAACCAGCUUCCAGUUGUGGUUCGGGAGGCAGACACCCUCACCACAUUCAAGAGUAGUGUCACAGUCUGCCUUCCUAAUCACCUGUUCAACUCAGCCAUCUCAGUAGUUUUCCACUAACCUGCCCCUGCUCCACUCUGCCAGUCAGCCACGCCUCCUCAUCAGCCACUCUGCUCACCUGUGCACACAAGCUGCUCCUGAUCACCACUAUAUAUACUGCUCCUCACCAGUCGCUUGUCCGGUUUGUCCUUUGUAUUAAUGCAAGACCUUCCAGCGUUGUUCGGAUGGAUCUCCUGGGUCGACCCUGCUUGCUUCUGACCAUCCUACCUCGCCUCUUCCCCAGAUAUCACCUCAGCCUUCUGUCCCCGACCACAAGCUUGGUUUCUCCGUUCCUGGUUACCAUCUGCCUCUCUCCUGGGCUGUUUGGUGUUUCCCCAUGACUACUACUACACAGUCAGCUCAGAUGUGAAGGAAGAGGAGCUCCAGUUGGAGGCAAGGAUGUUUUGUCAGUGGAUGCAACUCUUCCUGAGGACUCCCCUGUACUACCGCAGUGAUCUGACAUGAGUGGACAGCCGGCUGCAUGCAAACAGAGGUGGAAGGAAGCAGCUGUAGGAGAGGGAUGUAGGUCAGGGCGCCAAAGGUGGAGGUGGCGGCGGAGGCAUCGACCUGGAGUCCAGCGGGGAGUUCGCCAGCGUGGAGAAGAUGUUGGCCACCACUGACGCCAACAAGUUCAGCACCUACCUGCAGACUGGAGCUGCAGACCUGGGAGGAAAGAGAGAUGCUGACAGAGCAGGAGGAGGGGAGGAGAAGGAGGGAGGAACGAAGGAGGAGGUAAAGACGGUAGCGGUGGCGCCGCAGUCCAAAGGAAAGAAGAAGAACGCCUACUCCAACUCUGUCCAGAAGAUGACCUGCCCCUUCUGCCCCCGAGUGUUCCCCUGGGCCAGCUCUCUGCAGAGACACAUGUUGACACACACCGGCCAGAAGCCUUUCCCGUGUCCGAAAUGCGACGCCUUUUUCUCCACCAAAUCUAACUGUGAGCGCCACCUGCUGAGGAAACACGGUGUGACCCACCGAACGCUGCGACGCAACGGCGCCCUCACCAAGAAAGACGGUGACGAAGGAUCGCACGAGAGCGCAGAGAGUCAGUCGGAGACGGAGCAGGUAGCACCAGAAGCACAAGAUCUCAGCGCCUGUGCAGACUCCGGCCCCACAGCAGAUAGCCCCGCCCCAUCAGACCAACAGGAGGCAGAGCCAAUGACGCCGAGCCCCACCCACAAGCCAAGCCACGGUUGCAGUCCAGCUGAAAGCGUUGCAGAGCAGCAGGAGACAGAAACCACAGAGCAGCCGGACCAGCAGAGGGCGCCAGAGAGCAGAGCAGCACAGGGAAAACAGCCUCCACUGAGCAGCAGCAGCAAGGCGGAGAGCGCCGACGAUGACGACUGCCACAGCAACAACAGUCUGGACCUUAACUUCGGCAAAAAGCUCAUCGACUUCAAGCUCUCCACGUCCUCAGGCCCCGCUCAGGAAGAGCAACCCUCCUCUUCAUCCUCUACCUCUGCUCCCCAAGCAGCAACAGAGAGCCAAGAGAAGGAGAAAAGUGCUACAGCCUCCUCCUCCUCCUCGUCCAGCAGCUCCGCGGUGAAGCAGCAGCCGGAGUACAAACACGUAUGCCGAGUGUGUAAGAAGAGCUUCCGCUAUGCCACCACCCUCGCUCGCCACGAGAGGGCGCACCUCUCCGAGAAAAUAAACACAAAAACUGAGCUUAUAAGUACAGCAUCCUCGGAGAAUUUCACAUUUCGCUCUGAGACAGCACAAUGAAGAGGACCUUGCUUUGCAAAUCAUAUUUGUUUACUGAUCUUACUGAUUUAUAAAUAUAAUUGCAUCAGUCAAUUUUGACCUGGGGAUAUCCUGGCUAAUAUUUGACAUAUACCUGUCAGUGGUUAUCCAAAAUAACUAAUAAUUUCUGCUUAUUUUGUUCAAAAACAUGGUAUAAUUUCAUGUAAAUUGGGUUUAUUGUCCAUAAAUAGAGAUGUAAAAGAAGUUUAACAUUUGUGGUAAUGUGUUGGAAUGAAGUUGGCUAAAAAAAUGGAA